GGCCAAAGCCAUCAAAUCCAAAAUUCUCCCUCGGCAACAGAUUUUGAACGUUUGGUUUACACACACUCAGACACUCAACAGUUGAUAACCACCGAUCGACCGUAACAAAGUGAAUUAGGCAUAGAAGAAAUUCAACAUGGCUGAGGAAGUUAUCGAAAUUGCUGCUUUGGGUCGCCGUUUCCAGCUUGGCGACUUGUAUAACCAUCGUAAUGACUGCAUUGUUUCAGGCAAUGGGCAGGAUUUGGCUUCAGUCACCAAUAUCGCAAGGCAGCUGAACUUGGAAGUUACUUCGAGCUCUUCAGCAAGCAAAUGGGAGCUGAUGGAUCUUGAUGAGCACCAUCAGGCCAGCGUCGUCGCGGGUCUCAUUGAAAAGUAUCGCGGCGCAAGUAACUUCAUCAGUGACGUAUCAGAUCCCUCACAGGCAACGAUCAACCUCAGAUGCCACGUCCAAUCCAAGAAAGAGUCAUUAGAUGUGAAGGAGCUAAUUGAAAAGGAAGUCUCGUUUCUUUUAAACAACGAAGAAGAAAUGAAAAAGUCGGAAGCCACUCACGUCGUAGUGGGUGUGGUCUACGGAGCAGAAGCUUAUUGCGUCCUGACUCAGGAUCUUGACGUAAAUGACGAAAACGAUCGAGAAGAGGCAGAAGAAAAAUUAACCAAGCUGUCAGCCAAAUUUCAGAACGCGUUGGAAGACGGCCAAACGUCUACCGAUUUCGCUGACCAAUUUGAAAAGGAAGAAGUGAAACAGCUCAAUCGAAUGAAAUGCCGCUUGUAUGCAGAUAAUCAAACUCAGGCAGUCCGGGAAUGCGGAUUCUUCGACGCUUACAAGAAUUGCCUGAAACUCAUCGAGGAAAUACAGAAGUCUGACGUCGAAACCAACAAGGCCGUCCCAAUCGCCGCUGUACUCUGCCCAUUGAAGGUUUUCACGAAGCCGGCCGGAGGAUGGCAACCGUUCGAGUACCGAGACGUCGAUGCUGAUCUGAUGGCUCGUUGUUCCACUAUUCUGGAUGAGCUUGAUCAAGUCGGCGUCAAGCUGGAAGCCAUUCGCAAAAAUAACAAGAAAGUAAGUCGUCCCUCACUGCGUCAAUUUGGCGACGCUGUUAUCAAGUACAAGGAACUGGCGAAGAAGAGUUUGAAAAAUGCAGUCGUGAAAGCUCGUGGAUCUGUCGAUGAAGACGACAGAGAGAUUGAAAAAAUUGCCGAUAUUAUUGAAAACCAUCCGCUUUUCAAACCCUCAAAACUGCGACUGUGGCUGGCCUACAAAGAAGCUGAGUCGGAAAUGGCCGGGAAGUUGGCUGGCGUGCCCGGCAUAAUUUUCAUAGUCGACAGAAAGCAGCUGGACAAAGAUUUAGCUGACUCGUUUGGCAUGAAGUAUGCACUCGUCUUAACUGUACCUCCGCUGGACGAGAAAACGAAAGACAUUUUGGAGGAAAUGAAGGACUACGUUGAAGAUUACACGAAGCUGGUGGCAGUCGAUGACGACAUCGACAUGGAGGAAGGAGACGAGGACAAGGACGAUCUUCCGUGGCACAUGGCUCUUCGUAAGAAAAAGCAAGUGAUGGACAGGAUCCGGGAGUUUGCCAGUCACGUGGAGAAAAACAAACAUCUGGACCAGAAAGUUCGGUUCGUCAUCACUCCCGCCGAACCGGGCAAAGCAAGCUGUCGUUAUUCCGUCUACGAGGAUGGAAAUCUUCUGAAAGAAAACUUGAGCGAGUUGCCCACUCCGCCCACCGGUCUCCGUAUUCAACUCGCUUCCGGUAAAUCGGCCAAGAAAUCGACGCCGUCCAUCCGUCUAGAAUGGGACUACAAAGAUCUCGGCUACCCAUUUCACUUUUGCGUCGAAUCUAAGCCGAAAAACAGUUCCGACUCUUGGACGCAGCAGAAGACGGCCAAGGCCGGCGAAACCCAAAUGAUCCUGAACGUUUUGAAAAGUGGAUCGGAGCUGGAAAUUCGAGUGGCGGCUGACACUGCAAUUGGACGUAGUGAAUUCAGCGAUGUCAUCGACAGUUCCGACUUUGAUAUUUCUGGUGGAAACAAUUCCGAUGAAGAAGAGAAGAAGCCCAUCAAACAAGUCCGUGUCCCUCAUCAAACGAAGCAAAUGACUGGCCAAGCAAUGAAAAAUGGAUCCGCUCAUCCGACACCCAAGACCGGGAACAAAGGGACACUCCAGCCUCCGUCUGAUCCGCAAGUCGAGUGGGUAACGCAAACAACAGCAGAGCUGACGUGGUCUCGCCCGUCCAAGGGAAGCGGUAAGGUGAAUUUCUCUUACCAAGUUCGUUAUUUGCUGAAAAACGAUGAAGAUGACUCGGCGUAUCAACAACUGGAUGUACCGUCCACCGAGACCGGAUGCCGAUUGGAAAAUCUCGAGCCGGAGACAACUUAUUUCAUCAACAUUUUUGCAGUCUCUGAUGAAGAGAUGAGCGCACCAAGUCAAACUGUUGAAUUGACAACCAAGUCAGAAGAGGUCCGUUUUGCCGAAACGAUUCUGAACAAAUGCAAGAAAAUUGGCAGCCGGAAUGGCAUGGAUUUGUUUGCUGUUCCGCUUACGAAAACGACUGGAUACCGAACAACGGCCGAUCGCUUCGUCUUUGGAAGAGGAGAUGGCCAGCAGAAAGGGCGGAUGCAGCACAGAACAAUUUUGGUGAUGGGCGCCACCGGUUCCGGUAAAACGACACUAAUCAAUGGCAUGAUUAAUUAUAUUUUCAACGUGCAGUGGGAGGAUACCUUCCGCUUCCAGCUGAUUCAAGAACAGACGGCCGGCCGCUCCCAAGUUGAUAGCCAGACCAGCCGCAUCACGGCCUACGACAUCCAUCACGCGGAAGGAUUCCGCGUUCCGUAUUCUCUUACAAUAGUUGACACGCCCGGCUACGGCGACACCAAAGGCCUCGACAGGGACCAAGAAAUCACCGAAAUGGUCCGCAAAUUUUUUGAAGACAAGGACGGAAUCCAGGAGCUGGAUGUGAUUGGCUUCGUGGCGCAAGCUUCCCUUCCUCGAUUGACGCCCACUCAGAUUUACAUUUUCGAUUCUGUUCUCUCCAUCUUUGGUAACGACGUCAAAGAAAACAUCAACUUUUUACUAACGUUCGCAGACAGCCAAGUUCCGCCCGUCUUGAGCGCCAUUUCCCAAGCUGGCCUGCCAUGUCCGAUUGAUGCCGAUACUGGAAAGCCCCUUCACAACAAAUUUAACAAUUCCGGUUUUUUUUGCUCCAGCCGCGAGUCAGGAAACACAGCCGAUAAAUUCAACCGAUUCUUCUGGCAAAUGGGAAUGGAAAACUUCCAGCGCUUCUUCACCGUGUUGGCGACGAUGAAAACCAAGUCUCUUUCCCUAACUAAACAGGUCCUUGACGAACGGAAGCGACUGGAGUCGACGGUGGAUGGGCUUCAACCGCUGAUCAAAAUCGGCUUGGCGAAAAUGGAAGAGAUGCGCAAAACCAAGCAAAUGAUCACCAAUUGUCAGGCGCAGAUAGACGCAAACGAAAAUGUGGAAUUCGAAGUGGAGGUGAACAUGCCCAAGAAAGUUGAGAACCUGAGCGGCUACCUGACGAACUGCAACAAGUGUUACGUCACUUGCCACAAUCCUUGUGGUAUUCCAAACGACGACGGCAAGAUGGACUGCUGGGCCAUGGAUUUCAGUACGCCUAGGGAAACUCGUUCCUGUCGCAUCUGCCCGGAAAAGUGUAUAUGGAAUAUGCACGCUAAUCAGCCGUACAGGUGGGAGUACGUGACUGAAAAGCAGGCCACUUCCUCGGACGCCAUCAAGCAAAAGUACGAGGCGGAAUUGAAAAAGAAACUGACGGCGGAGGAACUGGUGAAGGAGCUGGAAAAGCACGUCGAGGACAACAACAAAAUCGUCCUGCAGAGAGUCGACACGGUUUCACGCUGUAUCCAGCAGUUGGACGCCAUUGCCCUGCGUCCAAAUCCUUUCUCGACUCCGCAGUACAUCGACCUCAUCAUCGACGCCGAGCAACAGGAGAAACGUCUCGGCUUCAAGGAGCGGAUCGAGAGUUUGAAGAAGCUGCGCCAAAUGGCCGUCAUCACCAGCAAAGUCCGGAACAACGAAUCUCUUUUGACGUCUGACCGGAAGGACGACGUGGAUGGAGAAUCGACCGAUGAUGAAGAGGAUGACGGGGAGACGGCCGAUGCAGAAGAUGACGAUGGCGCCUCAUUCCAAAGCCUAGAUGACAGAAUGAAAAAUUUGAUGAGUUCUACCGACGGCCAGAAAUUCCAAAGUUCAUUUUUUAAUCAUUGAAAAUGUGUCGUGUAUUCUCUUAAGAAAAUUGUUCCGAAUUGUUCCGAAUUGUGUCAUUCUUUUUGAUAAAAUUCUUUUUUUUCACGGACAAUUUUCGACUUUGUCUGAUCUGGAUUUUGCUUUUCUCUUUUUCUUAUAAUUAUUUCCCACGCUCUUGUGUUUUGGCAUUUUGUUUCGUCAUCUGCUAUUCAUAAUCUUCUGUGCUCUUUCGUUCUUACACAUUUGAAAUGCGUGGAAUUUAAUUCAGAAAACUAUUACGUUCAACUUGGAAUAAAAUUCUUCAUCAAGA